ACCAUCUCCCCCAUCGGAGAGCCUCAUUGUGUCUGUGUUUUGCCAGGUGGACGCACUCCCCACAGUCACCAUUUCCACCCCGGAGAGUUCCACGCUGGCUGCGCAGCCUCUUCCCCGGCUGAGCAUCGGGCGGAAGACCCUGGUGGCAGCUGCUGUGGGGGUCAUGCUGGUCCUGGUUCUGGUGGUCCUCAUCCCUGUGCUGGUCAGCUCUGUUGGCACAGGAGGCACAGAUGACAGUGGGAGCCACUUCGAGAUGCUGGGUACCUGCCGCAUGGUGUGUGACCCCUUCCCCACAACGGACACAGGGGGUCAAGCGGGAACAGAUACAGCAACCUCAGGCCUACAUGUGGACAACAAUGUGGACCUGAGUGAUCACAGCAUUGGCCCACCGCUGCCUACAUACAGUGCUAACGGCCCCUACGGCAGACAUGGACGUCCAGGAAAGCCUGGACCCCCAGGACCACCAGGCCCACCAGGACCUAAGGGACCUCCAGGAGAAGGUGUGGACAUCGUACGGACGGGGAUUCUAGGUCUAGGGGGUAAAGGGGCAGUUAGUACAACAACGUACAAUACAGCACCUCGGGUGGCAUUUUUUGGAGGACUACGAAACCCUCAAGAAGGUUACGAUAUUCUACGAUUUGAUGAUGUGGUGACUAAUAUUGGGGGUAAUUAUGAGGGCGCAACAGGCAAGUUUACCUGUAAGAUUCCUGGCACCUACUUUUUCAUCUACAAUGUGCUCAUGAGGGGAGGAGAUGGCACCAGCAUGUGGGCUGACCUGAUCAAGAAUGGUCUGGUCAGGGCCAGCGCCAUCGCCCAAGACCAGGACCAGAGUUAUGACUACGCCAGCAACAGUGUCAUCCUUCAUUUGGAUGCAGGCGAUGAGGUUUUCAUCAAAUUGGAUGGGGGCAAGGCCCACGGGGGGAACAGUAACAAGUAUAGCACGUUUUCAGGAUUCAUCCUCUACGCCGACUGAAGGCUGGACACUUUGUGGGCUCGGAGGUGAAAGGUCACUGCCAGAAGACAUUCACUUCCUGACUUUCACUUGGCUCUCACAGUGAGGUUAAUAUUGCCCAUAGCCACCGAUCCACAUUCAUAUUGUUUAACAGAUGUUUAAGGUCAACAUUGACAGUGACUGAGGCUGUGGAUCUUUGGUUAUCUGUAACCACCUCCUCGUCCAUAUGUUCCAUUAUAUACAGGGUGCCUAUGCCGCAAUUCUGAUGGACGCAUACAGUGACAGCCAUGUCAUAUGUCAUGCUGAGGUGCAGUAACAAUUUUGACAGGGAAGAAACCUCACCAUUCUUUUGACCUGUCAUUUCAAUUUCAAGUCUCGGAAUCUAACAGUCGUGGUGACUGCAGUGUUCGUAAAUGUGCUGUUCUGAUUUAUGUUAAUAUUAUGUUUUCUCAUGCUGUUUGUACGAUAAUAUGUUGUGCUUCAAUGACUGAUGAGAUAUAAUCUACCCAGAGAAGCUCUGGUUUGUCAAAUAUUGGAAGCCAAAAUGAGAUGAUGCUAGUUUUGAACAGCUGACAGGGUCACAAACAGUAUUGUGUGUUAUUGUGAAGAUUUGGAUAAUAAUUUCAUAUCAGCUGAUUAUAUUUGGCAUAUUGUUAAGUGUAUAAACUGUACAUUUGAUCUUGAUGUCUGAACACAAUCAAAGUAGUGUAGGCUACGUACACCAUAUUGUGUGUCUAUUAAAGAAUAUAGCUGUGGUCAAUCGUUGUACAAAUGUAUCAAGUAAUGUGCUCAAUUGUAAAGAUUUAUUUAUUUAAGUCAUGCAUGCAA